AUGGCACAAGUCGCCGGGCUUCUGGUGACCAGUGGCAAGAGCAGUCUUCACAAUUCCGGGCCUGCGUUCUGGUACUCCAACUUGCCGAGUUUCGAAGCCUGCAAAUGCAGGGCCGCCCUGGCGGCCGAAGCAGCGAUACCUCUAGCGCUGCUGAGCAGCAUGGUGCGCAGAGGUCUCCGAAAGCGCAAGGUCUCCCGCAACUGCACGGCGCACCGGAUGCACAUGCACGUCCAUGCGUCCAGCUAUGGGAACAUACCCCGCACCCUCUACGAGUUCUUGGGUGUUGACCACCGAGCAGACACCACAACCAUUCGGAAGGCCUACCUCGCCAAGCAGAAAGUGUUCCAUCCCGACGUCGCCGGUGCUGAAGCUCAGGAAGUGAGCGUGCUGCUGAACAGUGCUUUUGACCUAUUGCGGGACCGAGAGAAGAGGUCCAUGUACGAUGCCAGCCUUCAGCGCGACAUGGAGAAUCUUGAGAAUCACGAAGAAGCCGAGUGUAACGACCCGGUGUGGCCCUGGAUUCCGAAGAUUCGUCAGACGAAGCCAGUCUACUGUGGCCACCCGCGCUCGCGAUCGCUUUGGGACCGAGUCCCACUUGAAGACCGGGGGGAGAAGUGGGAGCAGCAGAAGUUCUUGUUCGUGGACGAACUGCGCUGCAUUUCAUGUUGCCGAUGCAUCGAGUGCGCGCCGAGGACUUUCUGCAUGGAUGCGGAUGAUGAUCGGGCCAGGGUGUAUGCUCAAUGGGGCGAGUCAGAGGACGACCUGCACUGGGCGCAAGCCUCCUGCCCAGUUGCCUGCAUUUCUUGGGUGUCCCGCCAAGAGUUGCAAGUGCUGGAGCACGUUACCGCGGAGCACAUGUAUGAGACCACUCCAUGCCGAUUUGCCAAGAAGAACGCGACACUGAUGCCCAGGUUGGCCGCCAAGUGGGUGGCCAAACGCCGGGCGGAGGUCGAGCUGGCGAAGCAACGCCGUCAGGUGGCAAUGGAAUGUAUGGGAUCCUCCACUAUGGAGUUUCACAAGCAGCUCGCGGAAGCCAUUGCGCGGCUGUCGCCGGGGUUGCGCGAAGCAGGUGGCUGGUGCUGA